AUCACACUCUCUUCUUCUUCUUCUUCUUCUCAAAAUCCGAACUUUCCAAAAAAAAAAAAUUACUCAAAAUCAUCAUGGGUUUGAUAUCUUCUCCAUCAGUAGAAGAAUCUCAUUACCAUACCCACAAGAUCUUCCUUUUCUCCAACUACAUCCUUCUCGGUGCCGCCACGAGCUGCAUCUUCCUCACACUCUCUCUCCGUCUAAUCCCAUCGAUCUGUGGAUUCCUCCUCAUCCUCCUCCACGCCACCACGAUCGCCGCCGCGGUCUCAGGCUGCACCGCCGCUUCCUGCGGGAGAAACCGGUGGUACGCUGCUCACAUGGUAGCCACUGUGCUCACUGCAAUAUUCCAAGGAUCUGUCUCUGUUCUCAUAUUCACCAACACAUCGAAAUUUCUCGGGAGCCUCAAAUCGUAUGUGCGUGAGGAAGAUGCUGCUGUGAUCUUGAAACUCGGUGGUGGGCUUUGUGUUGUGAUCUUUUGUCUUGAUUGGGUCGUUCUUGUGUUGGCUUUCUUCAUGAAGUACUAUGCUUAUGUCGAUGGUGGUGAUAACCGUGGAGGUGUUGCGAUGAAGAGGACUGGUAAAGUACAGAGUGAGGAGAAUCCUAAGGAUUGGCCAUGGCCGUUUCAAGUUUGAAAAUGAGUGUUUUUUUUUUGUUUUGUGGUGAGAGUUGUGAUUUGUUCAUUUUUUUUCUUUCUUGAGUGUUUGAUGUAUUUGUCAAUAAUU